AUGGACAAGAACGGGGGUUCCCUCCGACGAAAGCGCGGCAGGCCGGCGUCGACGGGAAAUUCUACCACUAACGGAUCGGCUGCGAAGAAGCGCAAAGUUGAAGAUGAUUCUGUGGCGACCCCGGCCGCCAAUGGCGCCAGCGGAGGCCGCGGUGGGGUCCGUAAGAAGUCGUUUCUGGAGACCUUGUCCGCGGCCAUAUCCCUUACAAGAGCAGGGAAGGAGGUGACGGGGGAAGAUAAUGUUGCGAAGGCGGCGACUGUGCCAGCGAGGAGGAGUCGGCCGCCGAGAGCCACGAUUCUAGGGGAGCAGGGAAAGAGUGUGUAUGAUUUUCCUGGGUCGGAUGGAGAGGGGACUGUGACGACGCCAUCUAAGAAGGGGAGGAACAGUUUAGCGGCACCUCAGAACGGGACGGGAACACCAAAGAAGCGAGAAGGUCGAAGGAACUCUGCGGCCACCGAGGCCAUGGACGUCGACGAGAACGAGCCCGAAGACACUACUUCGAACGGCGAUGCAUACGGUCUCAUGCAACUGGACGAACCUCCGACCACACCUACAGCGAAGAAGAAGCGAGGACCCGGUCGGCCGCCGGGUAGCAAGAAUAAAAAGAAGACUUUGGAUCCACCAGACCUUGUAAUAACUCCUCGUCGCGGACUUCAGUCGAAGUCCCGGGUUGAAAGCCCGACGAAGGUUGGGCGGACUCCACUCAAGGGUAUUCUUACGCCAUCGAGGAAGGCGGGUGAUGAUACGCCGAGACGGCGAAAGAGUGUUGCCUUUGGACUUGAUAAUGGCGUAAAGGAUGUCGAGAUAUUCUUCGAAGACCUGCCUGCUAAGAAGGCGGAAAUGCCUCAGAAACCAGUUGGGAAAGCUGCAGCGGAAGAAUCGGAACGGCCUUUAGAGACUGGGGAACGGGAGGAGGAAGAAGAGGACGAGGAAGUCUGCGAAAUCUGCUUGAAGCCCGAUUCGAAACCGCCAAACGAGAUCAUCUUUUGUGACAACUGCGACCUUGGAUUCCAUCAGAAAUGCCACAACGUCCCCGUCAUCCCCGAGGGUGACUGGAUAUGCAAGAAUUGCUCUCAGGAUGAUAUUUCGAAGACGCCACAGAAAUCAACCUCUGCCGUCGUGCCGGUGCCGUCAGAUGCCCCAGAUAUCCCGAACCUCAACAAGCAUCUACCGGCGCUUCAGCGCAUUCUUGUCGAUCGAUGUACUGGGCAGAGACGGCUUAAGCUUACGGGGUUGGAUGAGGCUUAUAGCAAAGUUAGUCAGUUGGUGGAACAAACUAUCUCGGUUGGGGAAGGCAACUCGAUGCUUCUGAUCGGCGGAAGGGGCUUGGGGAAGACAACUCUUAUUGAGAAUGUCAUCACAAACAUGUCCGAGAAGCAUGAGGGUAACUUUCACGUUGUUCGGCUUAAUGGUUUCAUUCAUACGGACGACAAGCUUGCAGUCAAGGAUAUAUGGCGACAGCUUGGGAAAGAGAUGGAAGUGGACGAUGAUAUAGUCCAUCGGACCAAUUACGCUGAUACAAUGGCAUCUCUCCUCGCGCUUCUCUCCCACCCAUCCGAAAUUACCGGUGAGGAUGAGGGUGUUAUUUCGCAAGCGGUCAUCUUCGUCCUCGACGAGUUCGACUUGUUCGCCUACCACCCACGGCAGACUCUCUUGUAUAACCUGUUCGACAUUGCUCAGGCGCGCAAGGCGCCCAUCGCCGUGCUGGGAUGUACGACGAGGGUAGACAUUGUCGAGAUGUUAGAGAAGCGUGUCAAGAGUCGAUUCAGCCAUCGAUAUGUCUUUAUUGCACCGCCUCGUAACAUCGCGGCCUACUGGGAAGUGUGCCGUCAGGGUUUGGUGGUGGAUAAGGACGAGGCGUACGAUGAGGGUAUGGAUACCAAGCUUGAGGGGUUUGACGAGUUUAUGGAAUAUUGGGGAAAGAAAAUCGACCGACUCUACAAGCAAGAUUCAUUCCAACUACUUCUCAAAGGUCACUUUUACACGACAAAAUCGGUCAUGGGAUUCCUCAACACCUGCAUCCUACCUUUAUCAACGCUCUCGCCAACAAACCUCGCCCUUCAGAUCCCCCGCGCACCAACCGUCGUUCCCCUCGCGCCGCCGCCAUGCAAGCUCCACCUCCUCCCAGCGCUCUCAGACCUCGACCUCGCGCUCCUCAUCGCAGCGGCGCGUCUCGACAUCGUCGCGCACGCAGACACGGUCAACUUCGCCAUGGCGUACGACGAGUACAGCUCGCUCAUGGGGCGGCAACGUGUGCAGUCGGCCAGCGCGGGCAUGCUGGCCGUCGGCGGAGGGGUGCGGGUCUGGGGACGGGGCGUGGCGGUCAUCGCGUGGGAGAGGCUGAUUGAUUUAGGACUACUGGUGCCGUCGGGGAUUGGGGGCGCGGGGAGGGGCAAGGCGAUUGGCGGGGUGGAGGGGAAGAUGUGGGUUGUGGAUGUUUCGCUGGAGGAGAUUUCGGUUGGGGCUAAGCUUGGGGGUGUGUUGGCGAGGUGGUGUAAGGAAAUUUAG